GUCAAGUAUCGCGAGAGCUCGGUUGUCGGUUUCCGGUUUGUUGUUCUAGAGCGUAUUGUUGUUCUCCUCUCUGAAAGAUUUGAGUAAUUAUUGCGUUGAUAUCACAGUAUUUCCAGCUUUCAUUGUAAUUACCCAGUUAUACCAAGAUGUCCGACGACUUGGUCAAACAGCUGAACAGCUACAAAGCUCAGCUUCAGCAAGUAGAGGUGGCGUUAUCGACUGAUCAGGGUAAUGAAGACCUUCUCAAACUUCAAAAGGACUUACAGGAAGUGAUAGAUUUGACGAAAGACCUCAUAAGCUCGCAACCGAGUGAAGGCACGUCCACCACCACAGCAGCAGACGCCGCUCCAGUCAAGCACGUGUGGAAAGAGGGAGACAAGUGUUUGGCUGUAUGGAGUCAGGAUGGACAGAUCUAUGAAGCUGAGAUUGAAGAGGUUGAUCGGGAGAACGGCACUGCUGCUGUGACCUUCACUGGCUACGGGAACGCUGAGGUCAUCCCUCUACAGAACCUGAAAUCAGUCGAAGACGGGAAGGGCUUCGACCUGGAUGGACUUCUGAAGGCCAAGUCCAGAAAAGAGCAAGUCGCAGAGCAAAGGGAGUAUAAGAAGAAGAAGGCCCAGAAGAAGGUCCAGAGGAUGAAGGAGUUGGAACAGGAGCGGGAGGUCCAGAAGUCCAAAUGGCAACAGUUCAAUAACAAGGCUUAUUCAAAGAAUAAAAAAGGACAGGUCAAGAGAAGUAUAUUUGCGUCUCCAGAAAGCGUGAACGGAAAGGUUGGAGUUGGAACGUGUGGCAUCGCCGACAAACCUAUGACCCAAUAUAACGACACAUCCAAGUACAACGUCAGACAUCUAAUGCCCCAGUGACUUCCUCUCUUCUGUAUAUAAUGAUGUUAUUAAUUAUAAGAGUCUGGUGUUUCCUUUAAGUUUAUACACGAUGCAAGUUUGUCAAGUGAAGCUGGAUUUCAAAGAAACCGCAAAAGUAUGUUGGCGUGUCUCCGAUAUAUUUUUGAAGUAGAACAAAUAUACUCCAACACCUUGAUGUUUUCGUCCUGAUCGAGGCCAAAUGUCCGGAUGUGGCGACCAGAAGAGCUUGAAGUAUAGUGUUGGAUGGUGAAAGCUGAACUAGCGUUUUAAUUUCUGUACAUAAACCAGUAAAAUAAAGCAUUUGUUUUGACUUUUAUAAA